AAAUAGGCCAGCUGAUUAACAGCCCUCCUCGCGCCACUGCAUUCCGUUAAGCUGGUGUUGGUGCGGGUUUCACUUUCCAAAGUGUUCCCACCCCUGUACGGAACGUGCCCGCUGCUGCUGCGUGUGUGACACGGACGCUCUAUACAACAAAAGAGGAACGAGGUUCCGGCUGGAGGACGACGACGACGACGGCAACACGAAGAUACAAGUUUGACGCGGCACCGUGCGAAAGCCAUUCAAUCGUGGCUCGUCGAAGCGGAAGGAUUGGUUUGUCCCAAGUUUGAGUUAUCUCCCAGUCGUGGUCUCUUAAGUGUUGAAAGUGAUAGUUUGUGGUGCAAGAUUAAGUGCUAAAGAGUUCAAGAUAAACGCAAAAGUUCAAAAAGCUUUCUUAAGACUUCGGUAAAAAAAAAGGAUUGUGCGAUCGUUCCCGGGAGGUAAAACAACGCCGGAAACAAAAACGCGGCAGUCCAAAAAGGAUUUUCCGUUAGGGAUUAAUACGCGAGCUUUAAUCCCCCGGUCCUGCUGACUGCUGUUCGCGCAGGUGUUUCUAGCCCCCCUCGCAAGACAAGCGACACACCACAAACCGCCUUAACCAUGUCGAUCUCCGAGUUCCGCAAGAAGAAGCUGCUGUACGUGUUCAACGUGUUUUUCGACGUGAACCAGAGUGGCGAAAUUGAUCGUAAGGAUUUCGAGAUGGCAGUGGAGAAAAUUUGCGAACUGCGAGGCUGGCCCGUAGGCAACAGCCGGAACACGGAAACCCACGAGUCCAUGUUCAAAAUCUGGGAAGGGUUGCGGGCCAAAGCCGACAAGGAUAACGACGGUCAGGUCUCGGUCGAGGAGUGGUGCAAAAUGUGGGACGAGUACGCCCGGGAUCCGGACUCGGUUCUGGAUUGGCAGCUCAGAUACAUGAACUUUAUGUUCGACCUCGAGGACGCCUCCAACGACGGCGGCAUCGACGCCGAGGAGUUCUCGAUCGUGUGCUCCAGCUACGGCCUGGACCAGCAGGAGUGCCGGGAUGCGUUCGGCAAGAUGGCGCAGGGUUCCGAGGAGGUUGACCGGGAGCAAUUUUCCAAGUUGUGGCGCGAGUACUUCUCGUCGGACGAUCCCGCCUCGCCCGGUAACUUCAUCUUUGGCAAGACGUCGUUUUAACGCAGCUGUCGAUGACACAUUUACACACAACAGCAACACUACAACACAAGUUCCCGAUAUCACUUUCUCUAGCUGCUAGAGCAAUUUGAUAAUAUGUAUUUGAACACAGGUGGUAAGGAAAGAAGGGACAAGUAAGCAGAAUUUUUCAAUUUAUAACACAGAAAAAAAAACAAUUUUAUCGAAAUGAUUAGACAUUAGUUUCGUUUUUCAUUAUCGUGAUAAAUGAUCGUAAUGUGCACUCAGAAAAAACGUAACAUCACAAAACAGAACAAGGCAUCGAGGUCCGCAAGCAAUUCAGUGUCUCGCUACUUUAUCAAUAUUUUCGCCCCACUUUUUGGUGACCCCCCCUGGGGUUUGCAUCAAUCACGCCAGUUGAAACACCCCUCGGGCAAAUGACACCAAAGUGCCGUUGUCGUUUAAGGGUGGAUUUUC